AUGGGCAAGGAAAUAGUGCGUCAAGAAUCGCCUACAGAAGCGGGUGAACGCAGUAGAUUGUGGUUUCAUGAGGAUGUUUUACAAGUUCUAACUGAAGAAACAGGAACAAGUAAAGUUCGAGGCAUAAUGAUAGAAAUGCCCAAGAAAGAAGAUAUCCAUGUGGCUCCUAAAGCCUUGUUAAAAAUGAGGAAUCUCAGAUACUUGAUAAAUCGAAAUGCAAGUCUUGUUGGGAACGUUGGUUAUCUGCCCAACUCGUUAAGGUUCCUUGAUUGGUACAAAUAUCCUCUUGAAUCCCUACCACCUGAAUUUAAUCCAAAGAAACUUGUUGCACUCCAGAUGCCAUCAAGCAGCAUAUCACGUUUUGGACAGUCAACCAUGAAACUUGAUUGGUUGAAAUCUUUGGACUUCAGUAGAUGUGAAAGACUAAAAGAAAUCCCGGACUUCUCUGGAUUUCCAAAUUUGAAGAAAUUGCUUCUUGUAGAAUGUAGGAGUUUAGUAGAGAUUCAUGAUUCUGUUGGAUUCCUUGAUAAGCUUGUGAGUUUCUCUGUGCAAGAUUGCUCUAAUCUUACAAGGUUUCCGACAAAACUUGGAAUGAAGUCACUGAAAGUUCUUAAUAUGAAAGGUUGCAAAUUACUGGAAUGCUUUCCUGAAAUUGAGGCUGGAACCAUGGAACACUUACGGGAGAUAAAUCUAGAGAGUUGUGAAAACCUUAAAGCUCUUCCAAGCAGCAUCUAUAAGUUGAAAUAUCUGCAGCAACUUGUAGUCAGAGGCGCUCCAAAACUUCUUGCAUUUCCAAUGUCAACGACAACAUCCACCACUAAGCAGUGUUUGUCUGAUGACAAUAAUGAUGAAGACUGCUCCUUAACAGUGUUUCCUCAGAUGACAUUUUUGCGAGUUGGAGACUGCAACAUAUCGCACUGUGAUUUCUUGAUGCCAUUUGGUUUCUUGUCCACUCUGACCUAUCUUGAUCUAUCCGGAGGUAGUUUUGUUAGCCUUCCAAGAUGGAUCAUCAAGUUUGUUAACUUGCAGUGGUUCAUAUUACGUGAUUGCAAGAGGCUGAAAGAAAUUCCACAGCUUUCUCCAAGCAUAAAAGGAAUACAUGCAGGCAGAUGCAAAUCAUUGGAAAGGAUUUCAAACUUUUCUGAUAUUUUGGAACACCAAAACUCAUCGGGUUGGCUUCAGUGGAGCGACUUGUCUGAAUGCUAUAAACUACUCCAUACUAUGGACUUAGAUGUGGAAACGAUGGCAUCUAUAUUACUUAAUCAACAUGAUGAUCAGGAGGCCGAGAGCGAUGCUUUGACCAAGCAGAAAGUGGAGGCGUUGGAGGAGCUGAAGCGCGUGGCGAAGGACUUGCAGCAAUGGGAAAUCACAAAAGUCUUUACCAUCACUGUCGAUAAUGCAUCUGCUAAUGAUGUGGCUGUGCAAUACAUGAAGAGAAGGUUGAGGGGUUACAAGACUUUGAUGUUUGAUGCGGAGUAUUUACAUUUACGAUGUGCUUGCCAUAUUAUUAACUUAGUAGUCAAUGAUGGUUUGAAGGAGUUAGAAAAUGGGAUUGCUACGAUAAGAAACAAUGCAAAGUAUGUGACGAGUUCAUCUGUGAGGCUGGAUAAGAUUAGGAAGUUUGCUAUUUUGGAACUGUGCAGGGCAAAUGCCAAUGUUCCAUUAGAUGUGAUAACAAGAUGGAACAACACUUUUCUUAUGCUGCGGUACCCAGAUGCGGUUGAAGUUAGCUACCUCCGGGCUUGA